AUGACGACUGGAUAUCGAGAGUUCGAAGAUGCCUUCAAGGAAGGAGAGCAGUUAAUUCCAGAGGUAGAGCAAACUCUACGACGUUCUAUGGACUAUACAUAUAAUGUGGUCCACUCCGAUGGGCAUUGGUGUGGGGAGAUGAGGUCAAAUGCCACCAUAACAGCCGAAUAUAUCUUUCUCCGGCAGGCUCUGGGCCUCGACCUGAAAGCUGAUGGUGCAGCCUAUGGUCGCUACCUUCUCUCUCAGCAAAACUGCGACGGCUCCUGGGGUCUAGCGCCCGAGUUUCCAGGCGAUGUCUCGACCACCACCGAAGCGUAUCUCGCGCUGAAAAUAUUAGGGGUGAGCGUAGACACCCCAGCCAUGCAACAAGCCAAAGCCUUCGUUCUCAAUGCCGGCGGGGUUGCCAAGGUUCGCGUGUUCACUCGCAUUUUCCUAGCAACCUUCGGCUUGUUCCCAUGGAAGGCAAUACCCCAGCUCCCUGUGGAGUUGAUUCUGCUCCCUGCCACUUGUCCAAUCAAUAUCUACAAGUUCGCAUCUUGGGCCCGCGGCACCAUUGCCCCUCUCUUGAUAAUCUGCCAUCAUCAGCCUGUCUACGCGCUCCCAAACGGAAUAACGGCGGAGAAUGACUAUCUAGACGAGUUAUGGCGGGCCCCCGCUAGCAAAAAUGUGCCCUACGGUCCAUCCCUCUGGGAACUGCUGUCCCAGGGCGACAUUACUGGGCUGACAUUCAGUAUCCUGGACAAGCUGCUUUAUCAACUGAACGGACUUCGCUCAUUCCCUCUGCUCCGAUCAUACGCACGGCAGCAAUGUAUGAAAUGGAUUCUGGAGCGCCAGGAGCCCACCGGCGACUGGGCCGGAAUCUUCCCGCCCAUGCAUGCCAGUGUGUAUGCGUUCAUGCUGGAAGGGUACAAACUGGACGAUCCCCCUGUCCGUCUUGGCAUCCAGGCGAUCGAGAACUUCGCCUGGGAGGAUGCAGAAGGUAAACGGGUCCAGCCUUGCGUUUCGCCCGUAUGGGAUACGACUCUGAUGUCAAUUGCCCUCUGCGAUGCCGGGUCACCCAACCAGCCGGCCGUAGAUCGCGCGAUUCAAUGGAUCCGAGACCGCCAAUUGCUUGAACCCCGCGGAGAUUGGCGUGUGUACCGGCCCCAACUUGCGCCUGGGGGGUUUAGCUUCGAGUACACAAACAGCCACUAUCCCGAUAUAGACGACACGGCAGCGAUCAUCCUUGCGCAAGUGAAACAUGACGCCAGAUCGUGUCAUUCCACGUCCGUGAUCGCCGCAGCUACAUGGAUUCUGGGCAUGCAGAACCCCGACGGAGGGUGGGCGGCCUUCGAUGUGGAGAAUGAUAAGUUAUUCCUCAACAAAAUCCCGUUCAGCGACAUGGACAGUCUAUGUGACACCUCCUGCGCAGACAUCACCGGCCGAAUCCUGGAGGCUUUCGGCCUGAUGAUUCUCCGGGCCCCAGAAAAAGGCAACGCAAGCCAGCUGUGCCAACUGUUUCCCGCAAUACGUGCAGCGUGCAGACGAGCUAUCCAAUACCUUGCCUCUACACAGGAGCCGAAUGGAUCCUGGUUCGGCCGAUGGGGGUGCAAUUACAUUUACGGGACUAGUCAUGCGCUGUGUGGUCUGGCAUACUUCUCUCAGGACGAUAAACUGGUGCUCAACUUGGCGCAACCAGCUCUGCAGUGGCUGAAGUCUCAGCAAAAUGGUGACAGCGGGUGGGGUGAGUCCUUGCUGUCGUACCAAAACUCUAAGAGAAAGGAGCAACGAUCAACGGCGUCGCAAACUGCAUGGGCGCUUAUGGGGUUACUGGCUCAUCUUCCCCCCACCGACAUCGCGAUUGAAGGUGGCAUACGAUGGCUGGUCUCUUCUCAAAGGCCGGAGCAAGGUCUUGGAUUUACCUGGCCUGAGCCAGUGUACACGGGCACUGGAUUCCCAAAUCAUUUUUACUUGGGCUAUGACUACUAUCGACAUUAUUUUCCGGUGAUGGCACUCGGCCGGUGGUAUUUGAAAGAUACUCACCCCUCCCCAGACGACACUAGUAUCGAAUCCCCCACGGAAGGUGCAGCAAUGGGUCUCUCCUCUGUCUUUGGCCGUGCACGGCCAGCAACUAUACCUACCGAUCGAAUUGUCCCUCUGCGGUACUGGGAUGAUUUGCACUAUCUACGUAGUCUUUCCCAUGACUUUACCUUCCGCUUUGACGACGUCCUUGAUGCGUCAAAACUCGAGGGCGCACUGGACCGGCUGAUGGAAAUCGGCGACUGGGGUCAAUUGGGGGCUCGUCUGCGACUGAAUGACAACGGAAAGCUCGAAUAUCACAUACCGGCCGAGUACGACAAGAGCACCCGCCCCGCAUUCGGCUUUACCACCCAAGAGUAUGGCAUAAAUAUCAAUGAACACCCGUUGGGCGCGCGGCUGCCGAAAACCGGCCAGGACCAGUCUGUCCUGUCGCCAUCCUGCGCGGAGUUUGCUCCAUUAGUCCGCCAUCCGGAUAGCCCCCGAGAGCUGGCGGACUGGAUCUAUUCCGACCGUCCGCAGCUGCAUGUCCAUGUUGCUGUCUUUCCAGAUGCCACGCUUCUGACGGUCAGCUAUCUUCACACCUUCUUUGACGCCGUCGCGCGGACCAACUUCUUCAAGGCAUGGAUAGCUGUCCUCGAAGACCGGGAGGAAGAUGUGCCGCCCUUUGUUCCUUUUGACCAGGACCCCUUGGGUAAUUUGGGCAAGGGAGUCGCUCGGGAGAACUAUGGCCACUUCCGACGGCUCGUUGCUGGACUGAGUCUUGUGCUCUUUGGGCUCCGGUACCUAUUCGAACUUUUCUGGUUCCGAAAGGAGGAAGAGCAUCCCAUCCGCGUUCCGGGACACUGCGUGGAACGGAUGAGGCAAAACGCGCAAGAGGAGCUGGCCGCCUCGACUCCGGAGGGAGCCGACGUGCCCUUCGUGAGCGAGCCUGAUGUCGUCUCCGCAUGGUGGGUGAAGACCAUGGUCACGGCCCUGAACCCUUCGCCCGGCCGUACCGUCAUGGUCAUGAGCCCCUUCAAUGUAUGGGGUCUCUUCAAGGAGUCAUUCCCGGCCGGCGCUAAGGGCUUCAUCGGCAAUGCAUUCUUCAAUUCUUACACGGUGCACAAGACGAGCGAGGUCCUCGAGGAUAAUAAUUUGGCAUCCCUGGCGCGUAAGAAUCGGCAGGCGCUCAUGGAGCACAGAACCAAGGAACAAGUCGAAGCGAUGACUGCCAUUCAGCGAGACUCAUUCAUGCAAAUUCCACCGCUUGUCGGCGAUUCGAACCUGCUCUUCAUGACCCAUACCAACCAGCACAAAGCCAGGUAUUUUGAAACCGACUUCUCGGCUGCCGUUGUUGCCCCCGGCGUGCCUCUCAGUGACAGGCCUCAUGCACUGGGCAGACCGUCUUACAUCAACGAUAUUGAGCAUUGCCGCCUGUACCCCACCCGUAAUGUCUGUAGGGUGAUUGGCAAGGAUGCUGCAGGUGACUGGUGGCUGCUGUUUAAGACGCGAUCUGAGGCAUGGCCUUCCAUCCACAGACAGUUGAUGACUUUGCUUGACAUCGACGAGGUGCAGGCAAAGGACGUCUCCGAUGCUGCAAGCAUUCCAUAUAAUGAAAGCCCGUCGGGCAAGACGUACUCCGAGGCUAUGGGAAUGCUUUUGCAAUUCCGUCUGCUCUGGAGGCUCGUAGUAUAA